CACAUACCCAGACAAGACCCUGAACACUCUCCACUCCCUAAUUCACGUUAUCGUGAAACUCCGGCCGACGUCUACCUCUUCUACCUCCUCUACCUGGUACUCGUCAGGUCUUCAAAACCGACCAUCUGACUAGCGGGCGAGCCACUACUAUUCCCAAACCCAACCCAACGACAAUCCUUGAGCGGCUCCCAGUUCCGUUUUGAUUGACACUCCCACAAGCCUCGGCCCAACCCGACCUGACCUAUCUCUAUAAUACCCUCCGUCAACACCUCCUCUGGCCCGGACUACUCGACCCCACGAGACCAUUACACAACUUGACUAUCAUGGCGAACACAGGCCCCGGAAACGUGCCUCUGCACUUCAUUCAGAAACCUCCCUUUACCGUCGAGGAUCCCAAUGCCCAACCCAUCCCUGGCGAGACCAUUCCGCGCCGACACCCCAAGGCUAAGGAUGGCCUCAUUACUCGUCCUGCCCCCGGAGUCAACACCACUCUAGACCUUCUCACUAGAACCGUCGAGCUCUACGGUGAUGAGCGCGCCAUAGGAAGCCGCAAGCUGAUCAAGCUUCACAAGGACAUAAAGAAGGUCCCCAAGGUCGUUGACGGCGAGACCGUCAUGGUGGACAAGGAAUGGCAAUACUUUGAGCUUACUCCGUAUUCCUACAUCACCUAUGGCGAAUACUUUACCAUUGUGAAGCAGAUAGGCGCUGGUCUUCGCAAGCUCGGCUUGGAACCCAAGGACAGAUUACACAUCUUUGCUACCACAAGCCCCCAAUGGCUCGGCAUGUCGCAUGCUGCCUCGUCCCAGUCUCUCACCAUCGUUACCGCCUACGACACCCUCGGUGAGAGCGGCGUCGAACACUCCCUUAUCCAGAGCAAGGCGAGCGCCAUGUUCACCGACCCUCACCUUCUCAAGACAGCUACGAACCCACUCAAGAAGGCCACAUCCGUCAAGGUCGUCAUCUACAACAACCACACCACGCAGCCCGUAUCCCAAGACAAGAUUGAUGCCUUCAAGGCCGAACACCCGGACCUCACCGUCCACUCUUUCGAGGAGCUUCGCGCUCUCGGCGAAGAAAACCCCGUACCACUGACGCCCCCCAGCCCCGAGGAUACCUACUGCAUCAUGUACACCUCCGGCAGCACCGGCCCGCCGAAGGGCGUUCCCGUCAGCCACGCCGGCUUUGUCGCCGCCGUAGCCGGUCUCUACGCCGUUAUGGAGGAAUCCGUCACCCACCGCGACCGAGUUCUCGCCUACCUCCCGCUCGCCCACAUCUUCGAGCUCGUGCUCGAGAACCUCGGCGUCUUCGUUGGCGGAACCCUCGGGUACUCUAGCCCGCGUACCCUUUCCGACACCAGCAUGCGAAACUGCCCGGGCGACAUGCGCGCCUUCAAGCCCACCAUCAUGGUCGGCGUCCCGCAGGUCUGGGAAACCGUCAAGAAGGGCGUCGAGGGCAAGGUCAACAGCGCCGGCGCCCUCACCAAGGCCCUGUUCUGGGGUGCCUACAACAUCAAGUCCUUCCUCGUCUCCAACAACCUGCCCGGACAGACCAUCUUCGACGAUCUCGUCUUUGGCCAGGUCCGCACCAUGACGGGCGGCGACCUGCGCUUCAUUGUCAACGGCGCAAGCGGCAUCGCCGCCUCCACGCAGCACUUCAUGUCCAUGGUGGUCGCGCCCAUGCUAAACGGAUAUGGCCUGACCGAAACCUGCGGCAACGGCGCCCUCGGCUCUCCCAUGCAAUGGACCUCCACCGCCAUCGGCGCCACACCCGCCGCCAUCGAGAUGAAACUCGUUUCCAUCCCCGAACUCAACUACCACACCGACACCACCCCGCCCCAAGGAGAAAUCCUCUUCCGCGGCGCCUGCGUCAUAAAAGAGUACUACGAAAACCCCGAAGAAACCGCCAAAGCCAUCACCCCGGACGGCUGGUUCAAAACCGGCGACAUCGGCGAGAUCGACGCCAACGGCCAUUUGCGGGUAAUUGACCGCGUGAAAAACCUCGUCAAGCUCCAGGGCGGCGAGUACAUAGCCCUCGAAAAACUAGAGGCUGUGUAUAGGGGCGCCGUGUUUGUGCAGAAUAUCAUGGUGCAUGGUGAUAGUGCCAAUCCGAGGCCGAUUGCGGUGGUGGUGCCUAAUGAGAAGGCAUUAAGCGAAAAGGCGAGGGAGUUGGGACUUGACGCGGAGGCGCCGUCCGAGAUGCAUAGAAAUAGGAAGUUGAGGGAUGCGGUGCUCAAGGAGUUGCAGAGUGUAGGGAGGAGGGCCGGGUUGAGUGGAAUGGAGACGGUGGCGGGCGUGGUGUUGGUGGAUGAUGAGUGGACGCCGGUUAAUGGGCUGGUUACUGCUACGCAGAAGGUCAAUAGGAGAGCGGUGAAGGAGAAGUAUAAGAAGGAGAUUACGGAUUGUUUGGAGGGGAAGUAAACGACUCUCGACUUGGUAGUGUGUGUGAGAGGCCGAUUGAGACAGGGAAACGUGUAAUUGUAAUAAUAACUUGCUGGGAACACUCGCCCCAGGCAUUAUGGUCAGGUUAAACGGAAGGGACAAACUAGCAUUGGUAUUCAUCAUUCAUAGAGGGGAAGAAAAGGGGAAUGGGAUCGGGACAGGCUACAUUUUUAGCUAAAGCCAGUAUCGGGUAGUUUUGCAUUGGUAUGCUUUCAUAAGAAGACAUUAUUACAUCACU